ACUUUUUCUUAGCAAUUUUUCUCUUUUUCUCCCCUCAAAAUAUUUUUCCUUGAAAAUCUUUUGUCACAAAACAACAAAAAACUGCUAAAAAAAGAAAAGAAAAAAUUGGUCGGAAAUCACCCGGAAAUUAGAAUCCCCCGAAGACGACUCGCGAGCGAGACCAAAUUAUGUGGAAAUGUCGGGGGGUGUUAAAGUACAUAUGACGUGCUCAAAGCUAGGGGUAUUUUAGUACUUUGACCGGAUUGUGGACAUCUGUCCUUGUCCGUGUCCGCGAAUGGAAAUGUGCGGGCUUCGAGACACUUCCAGAGCUGGAACCGAAGCUUCUCCACGCUUCCGUUUGCGCUCCACUCGCCCCGCUCGACUCCCCGAGCAGAGCUCAUAUAUCUCCCCUCCCGCCACUGCGCACCCCUCCACGACAAGUUGAGCUCGAGCACGUAAGAAACCACGAGAAAGGAAAGGAAGCGAAGAGGAAGGGCGGCGACGAGCCGGGGCAAUUUGACUGAGGCGACGAUGGUGGUGCUCAUGGAGGAGUUCCACGGGCUGAAGCUGAAGCGGAAGGGCGCGGAUGAGCCGGAGCUGUUCGACGCCGGCGCCGACGACCGCUCCGGGUUCCCGCUCUCCUGCCGCGCGACCAAGAUGCGCCGCCUCGCGUGCCCCGCCGGCGGCCCUCAGCACCAGGGCGCGCCGGCGGAGGGCGUGGCAGCGGCGGGGCAGGAUGACGUGCCCAUGUGCGACGACGACCCGGCGCCGGCCAGCGCCGGGGGCGAGGAGGCGGGUGCCCUGGUGUUGUACGGCGGCGGCGGCGGCCGGUCCGGCUGCGACGCUGCGAGCGCGCCUCGCCUCGCCGCGCGCGGCGGGGCGGACUGGGUCCGCGCCAUGCUCCGCGAGGCCGACAGCAGGACGGUGCGGGAGCUGCUCGCGGGCGCCGCCCAGGCGCAGGGCUCGGGCGACCUCGCUCUGGCCGUGGUGCCGUGGGUGCCACCGUCGCCGGGGGGAGAGGAGGCGGAGACGUCGACGGCCUCGGAGGAGGCGGAAGACGACGAGGCGGGCACGGCGGCGAUGGACGUCGAGGAAGGCGAGGCGCCUGGCCUUCGCUGGACCGGCCAGGCGUGCGGCAGCGGCGCCGCCAAGGGGUUCGUGUACCGGUGGCCGCAGCACUGCAUGGCGCCGCCGCAGAUGCCGGCGGUGGCCCAGCCGAGACCGGUGAUGUGGUCGUGGUGAACACCAUGCGUGGUUGCAGACUAGCAGUAGACAGUAUCACAGUAGAAGUGCAGAGGACAAUCCACGAGUACACCGAUUCCCAGUUGGAAUCGACGCCAUUGGCGCCUUGGCGAUGGCAUGGGGUUACCUUUCGCUAUGGCGGGUGCAUGCAGAGAUAGAUCAGGAUCAGCCUAGGUGUUGCGACAUUACCUUACCGUAUUCGCAUGGCCUGUAUAUUUUUUCCCCAUCCAUGUGUAAUAAGGAAGACAAAACGAGAGUGUUUUUAUUCAUAUCUCAUUCGCAUGAUCUGCAAAUCGUUCAUCCUCAGCCGAUUCCUUGCUCUGCUGCCGAUCCUGAUUUGCGAGUGACGUGUGAUGAUGCUUGAUUUCUGCUCACAAAUCCCUGUCCUCUGCUCGGUCGGAGACUUGAUAAUUCAGCGGCGAAUUUGGGGACA